GAAAUUGAGAUUGCCUAUUUGGAACAAAUGCGCGAGUUUCUGCAGCGCUAUGGCUCCGUUUGGAUAACCACACGAAAUGGUCUCGAUAAUUUAUUCAACCAGUUCCAACAGGAUUUGGCCGCCUUGACAACCGAGCAGUUGUUACAAUUAUUCAUUAAGGAACGUGGCACUGGUUCCACUGAACCACAGGAUGUGUCUUUCGAGGAUGCCGAGGUCGCAGCCGCAUUCUCUUCGGCUGAUCGUAGUAACGAUGCUGGUGCGAAUUGCAUUGCUAUUCGUAACGCUGAGCCCUUUUUCGGAUCGGUCGAAGCAGGGGAUUUGCGUGCAUCCUCGGCUCUAGCAACAGUACCUCACAGUGCUUUGCCUUUUUACGUUAGUCAGCCAAUAACUGCCCACCGAACUGCGUUAGAUCCAGUUGGUGUCGCUCACUAG